GCAAGGCCAGAGGCGUGAGAGAGCGAUAUAGGGUGAGGCAGUUACCUGUAGCACAAAGGUAGCUUAAGAGGAGGGUGAUCACAUGGAACUUGCCGGGACAUGGAGGAAGGUGAAGCCUUACAUGGCUAUGGUCUUUCUCCAGUUCGGCUUCGCCGGGAUGUUCCUCAUCUCCGUCGCGUCCCUGCGUCAGGGAAUGAGCCACUAUGUCCUCGUCGUCUAUCGGAACGCGGUUGCAGCCGUUGUAAUGGCUCCGUUCGCGCUCUGGUUUGAGAGGAAAACAAGGCCCAAAAUGACCCUCUCAAUCUUCUUCAAGAUCCUUGCUUUGGGAUUACUCGAGCCCGUGCUUGACCAAAACUUCAUCUACAUGGGAGUGAAUAACACAUCAGCAAGCUUCUCCUCGGCGCUAACCAACAUAUUGCCUGCUGUAACUUUUGUAAAUGCGAUAAUACUCAGGAUGGAGAGAAUAAACAUCAAGGAGCGACGUAGCCAGGCUAAGAUUGCUGGCACGGCCAUAACAGUUGGGGGAGCGCUGCUCAUGAUACUUUUCAAGGGCCCCAUCGUCAACUUUCCAUGGACCAAGGACGUCAGCCACGCUGUCUCCGACAGUGGUGCCCACAACGGCGGCCACUGGCUCAUGGGCACCUUCAUGAUCCUGUUAAGCUGCUUCUGCUGGUCUGCCUUCUUCAUACUCCAAUCAUACACGUUGAGGAGUUACCCAUCUGAGCUCUCCUUGACCACUCUGAUUUGCGCACUGGGCGCCACGGAGAGUGGCGCAGUCGCUCUAGUCAUGGAGCGUGACACUAAGACUUGGUCCAUCGGGUUUGACAUGAGACUCUUCACGGCCAUAUACUCUGGCAUAAUGUGUUCGGGUGUUGCUUACUACGUGCAAGGAAUAGUGAUCAAGGAGAGGGGGCCAGUGUUUGUAACAGCGUUUAGCCCACUCUGCAUGAUCAUAGUGACUCUGCUAGGUUCCAUCAUUCUCUCCGAGGUGGUCACUUUAGGCAGGCUAAUCGGUGCGACAGUAAUUGUUUUUGGCCUCUAUGCGCUGAUAUGGGGCAAGAACAAGGACCAUGUGAAUGGAAAUGAUGCAGAAAACAAUUUUGAGAAGCACAGGACUUUUGAGUUACCAUUCUCAACUACCGACGUGAACAAAAUGAGCAGUCUCGGCAAUAUUUAGCUGUUACUGAAGCGGCAUAGCAAGGAAAGUUUGAGUCAACCACUCUGACUUUGUGUGCCCGUGUGUGGGUGUCUAGUACUGUUAGCAUGUAAUAGUAUAUGUUCCGUGGUCGCCUAAUUCCUGUGCAAGACGUAAUUUUUGGCGUCUAUAUAUGGCUCAUUAUGCAAAUUUAUUGUGCACAGUAAAAUAAAACGACUAUAUGUGUAAUUUUGUCGAGAUAUAAUGAUUAAUGAUCAUAAAAGAAGCACUAGCUGCUCCCUCAUUUCAUUUUGUAAA